GGAGAGUGUGUGAUCAGGGGAAGAAUGACACUUAAAGAAAUAUCACAAAGGAAAUGGAGGGAGACAACUGGGCUUUUAUCGUUGGAUUGAAAAAACGAACCAGGAAGGCCUUCGGGAUACGGAAGAAAGAGAAGGACAGUGACUCUACGGGGUCCCCAGACAGAGAAGGGGAGCCCCCAGAGGCAGAACCGUCACAGAGGAAGACGAACGGGGCACCAAAUGGCUUCUAUGGCGAUAUUGACUGGGAAAGAUAUAAUUCUCCUGAGGUUGAUGACGAGGGCUACAGCAUAAGACCCGAUGAAGAGUCAGAGGAGGGAGAUAUCAAGAAGAUGCACUUUUUCUCCUCAGAUGAAUCAGAGGAAGAGGAGGAGCAGAGAAGAAAGUUUAAAAUCAAGAUCAAGCCCCUCCCACCAGAUUGUGUGAUCACAGCCCCCACGGUGGACGAGCUCAAAGCCUCUAUAGGGAACAUAGCUCUGUCCCCCUCUCCUCUGGGUUUGAACAGGAACAGCUCCAAUGAUGACAUCGUACGACCUCGGCGUGUUGUCACUGUUCCUCCUGUGGCAGCUUCAUCAGCUCGUCAGCCUCAAAUCUGUCAGUCUCCUGUCACAGAGGAUACUCUUGCCUUAUUUGGCCCGCCUUUGGAAACUGCCUUUGGGGAACAGAAAACUGAAGCAGUUCUAUCUGACGCCUGGGGAGUCUCUUUAUCAGAGUCCAAUUCCUCUUUGAGCAGAGCAUUUCCAACAGGAACUCCACCUCCUCUUCCUCCCAAAAACGUUCAGACUCCGCCUCCGACUGCCGGCUCUGUGGAAAAUCCUGAUUCCUCAACAGAAGCAGAGAGCCCACACAGAAAGCCUUCUAUAGCCGACCUAGACAACGUCUUCGGCCCAGAAGCAGCACCCCCUGCUGCCGAAGAGACAAAUGACUCCUGGGUGUGUUUCAGUGAAGACUCCCCAGCACCAAAGGAACAGGCCCCUGUCCUCCCCUCCUCUCCUCCUCUUCCCCCUUCCUCCCCUCCUCCUUCUCUACCCACGUCUCCCUCACCACCACAAGAACUAGCACCUUCUCCGCCUCCCCCAACUACUCCUCCUCGUCCCAAAGAGGACACAGCGCCCCCUAUACCUACCUCUCCAUUAGAACAGCCUCAAAUCCCAUCUGGUCCCACUACACCUCAGGAUAGAGAGCCUUUAUCCACAUCCCCUCCACCUCCACCGAAAGAUCUAGCAUCUCCACCUGCAAUGUCUCCCCCAAUCAUCUCUUCUACCAGCCCCCCUCCACAAGUAAGCACUCCCCCCACAGAUGUACCCACAAUGCACUCCCCUCCUCCACUACUGCCCCCUACUGUUACAUCACCAGAAGAGAAACCCAUAAGUCCAAAAGUGCCCCUAUCCAAAGAGGACAGUGUUGAAGUUAUAGGAUCAUCCAAGGACACAGGCCAGGAGAGCAGGGGCAUGGCUCCGUCCCCUCAGCCCCCUCAGCCACCCCAGCCACCCGCCUACAGCACGGUGGCAUCUCCAGGACCCACAUCAGGCACAAACAGUGGCUCAUCCUCUCCUGUGAGACCCAGUACACCUUCAUCAGUAAACCCCACCCCUCCUCCUCCUCCUCCUCGACCUCCGUCACGGCCUAAACUCCCUCCAGGCAAGCCCACUGUGGAUGGGAGUCGCCCAUUCAGCCCUCCAGUGCACUCGGCCAGCCCUCCUCCUGUAGCUCCUUUAGCCCGAGCAGAGAGUACCUCCUCCAUCUCUUCCACCAACUCUGCAGCCACCACCCCCACCGUCAACAAAGAGCUGUGUGUGUCUGUGUCAGAUGAUGAUGCUUUUGUAGAUCUGCCCUCCUUUGAGAGACACUUUGAUGCAGUUUCAGAGAAUGACCAGCCUUCCCUGGUUUGGUUUGACAGAGGAAAGUUUUAUUUAACAUUUGAAGGCUGCUCUCGGGGGCCCAGUCCUCUCACUAUGGGAGCACAGGACACUCUGCCAGUGGCAGCGGCCUUCACGGAGACCGUAAAUGCCUUCUUUAAAGGAGCAGAUCCCAGCAAGUGCGUGGUAAAGGUCAUAGGUGAGAUGGUGGUGUCGUUCCCAGCAGGCAUCACACGGCACUUUGCCAAUAACCCAUCACCCGCUGUUCUAACCUUCAGUAUAACCAACUACAACCGCCUGGAGCAGGUGCUCCCCAACCCUCAGCUGCUCUGCUGCGACCACACCACAGCGACCAACGGUGACUCCAAGAACUUCUGGGUGAAUAUGCCAAACCUGAUCACGCAUCUGAAGAAAGUCUCAGAGCAGAAGCCACAAGCCACAUACUACAAUGUGGACAUGCUCAAAUAUCAGGUCUCUGUACAGGGGCUUCAUUCCACGCCUCUGAAUCUGGCAGUGAGCUGGAGAUGUGACGCGUCCAGCACUGACCUGAGGAUAGACUACAAGUACAACGGGGACGCCAUGGCAACGCCUACAGCGCUAAACAAUGUCCAGUUUCUGGUGCCGGUGGAUGGAGGCGUGUCCAAACUACAGGCUGUGCUGCCUCCUGCUGCCUGGAAUGCAGAGCAACAGAGAAUCCUUUGGAAAAUCCCCGAUAUCUCACUAAAAUCUGAAAAUGGAGGGGUGGGAUCGUUGUUGGCUCGGUUCCAGCUGACACAGGGCCCCAGUAAACCGGCUCCUCUGGCUGUGCAGUUCACCAGCGAAGGCAGCACUCUGUCAGGUUGUGAUAUCGAACUGGCUGGGCCGGGCUACCGCUUCUCCCUCAUCAAGAAGAGGUUUGCUGCAGGAAAGUACUUGGCAGAUAACUAAGGCAUUCCCAGGCUGAGGGGUCCCUAAAACCAUUCCCAGGCUAAGGGGUCCUUGUUGGACAUUGGACAGCUCCACAGUCUGCCAGCAGUAUUCUCAAACCUCACGUCCCAUCGUAUUUGUAACCAUUCACCUACACAUCGUCUGUACUGCUGCGUUCAAUCACUGGGUUCUUCCUACUUCCUGUUUCGCAGUCUGUGCCUCUGCCUCCAUCUCCUGGUCAAAACGUGGUAGUGUUUUUGGAGUCUCACUGCAGUUGCCUGUCUCAAAGCUGGUGAGAUUUGCCUUUUAUUAUUUUAUAUUUAUUACCAAAAUAAAAUGCAGAAGACAUUGAUAACACAUUUGUGUAAUUUUAAGUUUGGUGGCCUUCUUACAGUGUACUUAUUACUCUAAUACUGGGUCACUCCAGCCACAUCGACUCAUUCAAAUGCAUUUAUUUGGGUUACAAUGAUGGACACAGAGGUCAGGCAGCUGCAGAGAGCUCCUCUAUAGAACAAAAGUCAUGUAUAAAGUCACUGGAUCCCUUCUAUAGGUCUCUUAUAUACAGGGCGUUUGGUGUUCCUCGUAUUGUCCUCCUGUUGUUGCCAUGGCAGCAGUGUUAGACUCCAGAGUACAUGAGAGCAUCUAUUUUUAUUUAUUGACAAAUAAACUUGUUGUAUAAAAUGUGAUUCUGUUUAUGUAUAAAAUGUGAUUCUGUUUAUGUAUAAAAUGUGGUUCUGUUUAUGUAUAGAGGUGGAAUGGUACGACAACUCCCUUAAAGGUAUAAAUAUUUGAACUUUUUGUUAUCUGUGUAGUUGGUAACAUGUGUACAGUAUAAGGUAUAAUUUUGGAAUUUAUUUCAAAUAUAAUUUUUUAACUCAAGUGCAACAGAUUUGAGCUCUAUAUGGGGCAGGUGGACGGGAUAAGAUUUGAGCUCUAUAUGGGGCAGGUGGGCGGGGUAGAUUUGAGCUCUAUAUGGGGAGUGGGGUAAUUUAAAGAAAAACAUGACUAUCUGGAUGCUGUGUUGAUGCUUUGUGAAAGCAGUGUUACUGUAGUUACUGUUCCUCUCAUGAGUGUGGCUGUGGCGGCGGUGGCGGAGGUGGUGGUGGCGGCGUGCCACUGCAGUAGAGUCUGUGACUAAAACCAGCUGUUUAUUUGAUUCAAAUGACAAAACCUCUGUGUCACAUUUAUGUAGGUGGCCUCGUGCUUCUGUUCAGAUCAGAGAGUUUGGCUGGAUUCAGACUGCGUAAACAUUGGUUCUAAUUUGGCCCUGUUCUAGUCCUGGUCUAGUUGUGCUUUAGUUCCGGUUUAAUCAUUGCUUAGUCCUGGUCUAGUCCUGGUUUACUCCUGGUUUACUCCUGGUUCCAGGAGUACAUAUUGGUACAGUCAUAGACUGUAUAUAAAAUGCAUAAAUGCAUUUAUAUAAAUAUUUGUUAUACAGUCUAGGGAGCUGGUACCUGAAUAGGACUUUGUGCUGUACCUAAUAGCACCCAGCCCCACAUGUGAACAUUUCAACAGCACCCAGCCCCACAUGUGAACCGUUUAACAGCACCCAGCCCCAUGUAUCAACGCUCCCUGAAGGAGCAGAUGAAGGGUGUGGGUCUGGUGAUGUACUCCUGUAGUGCUCCACCUGACUGAAGAGCCUGAUAGUAUCUUAUUAUAGUAAUUGUAGUAGUCAACCCUGACCCUAUAGGGCUAUAUACUGAUUAUAUAACCCUGACCCUACCCCUCAAACACAGCAUAUAGUAUAGUUAUAUAGUGUUAGACAGUAAUUAUAUUAGCCAAACCCCUAACCCUAAUCCUGACCUCGACCCUCAAACACAGCGUGUUGUAGGCGCGCUCUGAUCUGAACAGAGUUAAGAACUUCAUGCGGCUCUCUCCUUUCAUACUUGUCUCUGUGAGAUGAUAUGAUUUGAAUGCAAACUGAGUUGUUUUGUUUUAUAUUUUGUGUGAGCUCCUGGACGAGUCUGUUGUUGUUUCGCAGAAUAAGCUGAAUAUUUUUUAAAGGCCUAAAAAAUACAAAUGUUAUAUAUUUGUUUAUUGUAGAACUUCCUGAAUGCUCUGACUGUCGACAUGAAGAACAAAAGAUCUGUACUUAUCUCAAUGCACAUGACUAUGAUGUUAAAAUAAAAACAUUAUGUCACAUUUUGAAUCAACUUUCUGUCAGCCAUGUUUGUACUUGAACAUGUUUGACCGAAAGUUCUUUGUACAAUGACUGGUCCAGCAUUAUCUAAAAAUAUAUAUAAAACUAAUAAAAGACAUCGUACAGAUCUGCUCCAUCAGUGAAAUAUGCACUUCCCUCUGACAUGAGGCUAGUCUGCCUUUAGAUGACGCUGUACCAGGCUGUUGUUGAGUCCAUAGACUAAUUAAAUCAAAAAUAAUAAGUCUAUGCAGAAGGGGCGUGUCUGUGUGCUGUGUGUCUGAAAACAUGCAAACCAUCUGUACAGUAUCAACAACGCUAUGAUGAACCUGGAAAAUGAGUUUGCUUCUUUCCAAACAAUAAAAGUGCUACAUGUCUGAA